CACAUAAUAACUCGACACCUCGACAUCACCCAACAAGCUGCGCCGAGUCUUUUUCCCCCGGACAGGAGUGGGAGACAACACACACACACAAACACAAAGUCUUCGACCACAAUCUCAUCACAACAAUACCUCGCCACGAAACUUUCCGUGCGUCGUCUGCAACAAACAUCCUUCCCACAUCGCAUAAAACGAUACCCCCGUCCCGACUAAUGCCUGCCGGGCCUCCUGCUUGCCCCUCCUCCCACCAUGGACUUCGAGGACGCUAAUGGUGGUUUCGGCGACAAGAAGCCACGACCACUACCCGAUGACUUGCCCAAGUCCCUCGACGACCGCAGUCGUCGUCCCGUUGAGCUGGUUCCUGAGACGGAAAUGUACGAUGGCUGGCAAGGUCAAUCACAAUUUCUGACGACGCCCGUCCUGGCAAAGCCGCUCAACUUUGGCGACCUAAGCCUAGACGACCGCACCUACGAUGAAGAUAUCACGACAGGUCCCAAACACAGUGACGCUCGCCUCAUGGAGAUGAUUGCUGCCCAGGCCGCUCACCGCGUCGGCCCGGGCUUUGGCGACGAGGAGACGAUACUGACAGAUGAGAAACUCUCCGAGGACGAGAAGAAAGACCUGCUCCAAAGGGCGUUGAAUAUGGCUGCUAGCAAUGGCGAUGUCGAGAGAGUCAGUAACAUUGUCGGUGGAAAGGCCAAAGCCUACGUCGAUAUCAAUGCGCCGGACGAAGACGGAACACCGCCCCUGAUCUACGCGAGUUGUUUUGGCCACGAGGGCGUGGUGCAGGCCCUCAUCGAUGCCGGCGCAGACGUCGACAAGCAGGACCGGAACCAGUGGAGCGCUCUUAUGUGGGCGAUGACGAAUAGGCAUAAGAGCAUCGCCAAGGCCCUUCUCGACAAUGGUGCCUCAGCUGAGCAAAAGACCUCGUCCGGACGCACUGCCUUCGACUUUGUGCCGCCAGACAGUGACAUGUCCUUCUAUCUACACGACAGUGGUUACAACAUCGGCAAUGCAGGGACAGACGACUUCUACAACCCUGGGUUCUCGCAGGAUCGGUUCGAGGAGGAGAUGGCUGAAAACGAAUUGCGGAGACGAAUGAUGAUGGACAGCGCCAGAGACCUCGAGGUUGAUUUAGGCAACGUCGGCAUGGAUGACCAGCCAGAGAACCCCGAAGAACUCGAGGAAGAGCAGCCCGAGUUUGACUGGUCCCGGUGCCUUCACGACCAAAUGUUUGUUUUUCAGGAGCACGAACUCGACCGCAUUCUCGACAUCAUCAUCACCAACAUGACUCCCCAACGAUCGCCGGCACAGAAGCCCGUACCUGCGAACAUGAUAUUCCUUAGCGCACGAUACGCGCACUACCACUCGAGCCCCGAUCUGCUGGCCAAGCUGAUGAUAUCCGCCAUGGACAAGAUCAACGAUGUUGUAGAGCAAUACCAGUGGGACAUGACGAUCCUAGCUUUUUGGAUAUCAAACGCUACCCUGCUGCUGCACUACCUAAAGAAGGACGCCGGGCUCGUAGAGGCCACAGUUGAAUUUCAGGCUCAGCUAUCUGAGCUCGUCAACGAGAUCUUUAUUCUCAUCGUCCGGGACGCCGAGAGACGUCUAGACAAGGUGCUCGACGCAGCGAUGCUGGACCACGAAACGAUCCCGGGGUUUGAAGACAUCGCAUUCCAGAACGAAUGGAGGAUAUUCAAGCGCAAAGCGCAGGUCAAAGAAGAGCCCUUGGAGAAGCGCUUUCGGCCCCCGUCCCCGAAGCAACGGGCGAAGCCUGCGCCGCGCAACGUCACCUCCCUACUGUCGUCUACCUUGUUCGUUCUUGACCUUUAUGAUAUACAUUCAGUUAUCACGGCGCAAAUCAUAUCCCAACUGCUCUACUGGCUCGGCGCGGAGCUCUUCAACCGGAUCAUGUCCAACCGCAAGUAUCUUGCACGGACAAAAGCGAUGCAGAUUCGUAUGAACGUCUCGACUUUGGAGGACUGGGCCCGGACCAACAACCGCCAACCGGAGCAUUACGAAGGGGGAGAGACAAAGUCGACAGGCGAGACGACGGUGGACGCAGCGAGGCGGCACCUGGCGCCCGUCAUCCAGCUAUUGCAGUGGCUUCAGUGCUUCUCGUCACUCGGCGCUGACGAUCUUGAGGCCCUUGUCGGCACCCUGCAGCAACUGAAGAGGUUGAGCCCGCAGCAGCUUAUUCACGCAGCGUCGCAUUAUAGGCCGGAGGUCGGCGAAAGAGGGCUGCCUAAGAGCGCGCUCAAGUAUCUAAACGCGAUCCAGGCGGAACACGUGCGUAGGAAAGAAGACCGCAAGAGCAGUGCGCCGUCGACGCCAGUGAAGGGAAAGCCCGCCAAUGGGGCCAUUACGGGCACGCCAGGGAGCCAGGCGGCGACACAGAGCGACGAGGAGGAGGACGAUGAUGCGCCAGAGAAUCUUCUCCUGGAUCCUGCACUGAUGCUUCCCUUCACCCUACCAUCUGUCACAGAUAUGCUUGUCUCGUACGGAGCUGGCUUCGGAGGUGUCAACAGGGAGAGAGCGCGCAAAUACAUCCCCACGGUGCCGCCCGAGUUUCUAUCAAAGCUUGAGGCCAGCGGCGCACGCAAGGGGCCCAUGUUUAGCGAGAAAGACUGGGAGAACGAAGAGGUCUAACAGGAAGGUCCUCCCUGUAUGGACAACCUUGGACUCAGGGCUUGGGUGUCUGUAGGCAAGCUGUGUUAUUACGUUUGGCAUAUCUAGCACGCAAAAUUGGCCGGGAAGAGAAAGCAGAAGUUGGAAGGACCCGUCUAGGGCAUGGAAGCGAUGUUGUCCCAACAAGCAUAGCGAUUGAUUCGAUGGUAAGUAUCCAGAACGUGUGGAUAACAUGGGCGCGGGAGGGCAAACAAACACGGGGGAAGGAGACAUUGUGGCAUUGUCAUUUUCCCUGACCUGGAAGGUCCCGCAAACGAGUGCAGUUCAUGGUCUCGUCAAAAGUGACUCGGUCGAUGAUGGAAGACACCGUGUGAGCAACGAUAUUUGAUACUAGUCAACCGUCGUGCCGGCCAGGACGAACAGCAGCCUGGUCUGGGCCGCGGGGAGGCCUUGGUCUAUACCAAAAGCAUUCAUCCGCCGACUGGCCUCGCCGUUCACGAUCAUGUUUGACUCACACCGGAAUGUGGUGGCUCUGUGGCCCCGGCUUGCCCGUUUGCUCGCAACGGUCCGUUCUAGGGCGGAAGCGGGGGAAAGGAGAGAAGGAAGAGAACAAGAAGAGUGGGAUGGUGUACUCUGUAUGUGUGUGUUGUCUGAUUAUCCAUUCACGCCGGUAUGCACUGACCCACGUUGGCGGUGCGUGAGAGUUACAUACGCUGGCUGAAGCGGUGAUGCCAUGUCUGGCCCAUGAGGGUAUCCGCUAUGUCUCUGCCUUACUUGCCUAUCUCGUCGAGACUUGAGAUGAAUUGUCGAAAGGAAAGACAGAAGCGCAAAGUCUCAGGGCACAGCCAUUAGGCGGGUGAGACGACCCGGGGGCGCGGGAGGGGACAAGGGAAGGGCGGCUAAAACCCUGGAGAGGAGCUCGGCCAAUCGAUAGUUACUGCUCCAGAACCCCUCUACGCAUCACUGGUUCAACCCUAGUACAAUCGCAUAUUGUGGUCUUUGACGACUUGCCCUCAGCCGGCUGAGCCCGAUGCGGGCUUUGAAGGGUUCGGAGGAUACCCAGCCAGCGGAGCCGUCCAGUAGCAGGAGGGAAAGGCCUUGAGUCCAGGCCGGAUGACCUGGCUCCAGGUGCCACGUCAGAUCUUUGUUCCUGGGCCACUGAGCUGCGGCUAUCCCUCCCGAGGGAAGCGGGGGCACCGAAAAGUGCAACGCAAACACUGUUGGUGCUGUCGGGCCUGAUGAC